UUACCUUAAAGACUAGGCUAAUUCAUACUUGAAAUUAAAGUAAAUUAAUUAUGGAAGAUGUUCAAGAACAACCGGUUGUAUUAAACAACGAUUUAGAAAGGAAAAUUUUUGAUGCUUUCGAAGUGUUUGAUCACGCUGGAAAUAAAACCGUUGAUGUACGAGAUGUUGGAACUGUUAUUCGUUCUUUGGGUGCUUGCCCUACAGAAGCUGAACUUCAAGAAAUGAUUGUUUUGUACUUAGAAGAUCCUGUUAAUCCCGGAUCGAUUCACGUUAAUAAAUUUAUCCCUUUUGUAUCCCAAUUUAUCACUGAACACAAGUAUGAACCUGCUACUCCAGAUGCUCUACUUGAGGCUUUUCAUGUUUUGGAUCCAUUAGGAAAAGGCUACAUAACUAAAGAAUACAUUUCAACUUUAAUGACACAAGAUGGUGAACCAUUUAAUCAAGAUGAAUUGGAUGAAAUGUUGGAAAUUGCCAUUGAUCCUCAUACUCAAACAGUACCAUACGAAUAUUAUAUUAAUCAAUUGAUGAUUGAUUAAGUGAAAUGUAGAAUGUUGGGCACAACACAAGUAUAUAUUUUAAGACAUAUUUAAAGUAAUUAUUAAUUAGUGCACAAUUACAAAGUUUAAAAUUAUCUCCUAUUGCAACUCAAGACCCACAUUUCAUGCAUAUCUAAUGUACAAUUUCUUAACCUAACUAAUUACAUCUUGUAAUUCAGCAACAAUGAUACCACACAAAAGUGUGGUUACUUCUUUAUUAUUAUUAAUGUAGAGGACAAUGUAGUAUUGAGGUGAUUUCGAUGUAAUUUAUUUGUAAUUAUGUAUGAUCUUCAAAAGUUAGAUAUUAGAAAUUAAAAUUAAUUUCAUUGAGUAAUUUUUAGGCAACCCAACUUACAUCUAACACAACAUUGCAGAAGAAUAAGACAUUUGUGUUAACACUAGCAGUGUGGUGUUAAGAAUAAAGCACCAAUAUUGAAAUAAGUUGUAAUAAAAAGGUCUUUUAUUAAAUUGAGCACUUAAAAAGCUCCAUUGAAAUGUCA